AUGUCCGGCCACAACGACGACCACGAGGAGCCCGAGAUGCUCGGCGCUGACGAGGUCGGUGAGGAGGUCAACAUCGACAACGACGACGUCGCCAUGGACUCGGACGACGACAACGAAGAAAUCACCCUCCACAACGACUCCGUCGCCUACUUCGACGCCCACAAGGACUCCGUCUUCACCAUCGCCCAGCACCCCAUCCACCCGACCAUCAUCGCGACCGGCGGCUCCGAAGGCGACUCCGACGACGCCCCCGGCAAGGGCUACCUCCUCUCGACCGCCGCCGCCGCCUCGCGCCCCGUCCUCCCCGCCUCCUUCUCCGGCGAGACCCCGCAGCAGAGCACCAGCCUCGACGCAAUCUACCCGAUCGACGGCCACACGGACAGCAUCAACGCGAUGGCCUUCACCCUCCCCAAGGGCGACUUCCUCGUCAGCGGCGGCAUGGACGGCAAGCUGCGCGUGCACGCCGUGCGCGUCAACUCGCCCACCGCCGAGGCCGCGAGCGUGCAGAUCAAGUUCAUCGCCGAGGCGCAGGAGGUCCCCGAGAUCAACUGGAUCGCGCCGUGCCCGUCGCCGCAGUACCCCAACACCAUCGCCCUCGGCGCCAGCGACAACUCCGUCUGGGUGUACACCAUCGACAUCGCGGCCGGCGGCGGCGACCCCGCCAACUGCCUGCAGCUCGUGCAGACCUACUGGCUGCACCAGGCGCCCUGCACCGCGGGCGCGUGGACCCCCGACGGCAGCCUGCUGUGCACCGUCGCCGAGGACUCGAGCCUGUAUGUCUGGGACGUGUGGGGCGAGGCGGCGGCCAAGGGGCUGGUCGAGAGCAACGGGCAGACGACGGUGAGCAUGACGGCGCAGGACCAGCGGUUCGAGGUCGAAGGCGGGCUCUACAGCGUGGCGGUGGACCCCAAGGGCGCGCUUGUCGCCGUCGGCGGCGCGGGCGGCGCGAUCCGCAUCGUCAGCCUGCCGCGGCUCGCGAGCAGCGCGCAGGCGGGCAAGGGCGGCAAGAGCAAGACGGCGGCGGACGUAGCGGCGGGCGGGCAGAUCCUGGCGAGUCUGCAGACGGCGUCGGACGGCAUCGAGACGCUGAGCUUCACGGUCGCGGCGGGCGGGCCGGGGCAGGCGUCGACGCUGCUUGCGGCGGGCUCGGUGGACGGCAGUAUCGCGGUGUUUGAUGCCGGCAGGAGGUUUGCUGUGAGGAGGAGCUUGCCCGGCGCGCACGAGGAUUUCAGCGUCGUCAAGGUGGAGUUCGUCAAGAACUCGUGGCUGCUGACGAGUUGCGGCAUGGACGGUGUUGUGAGGAGGUGGGAUCUGAGGGCGGCGGACGCCGGGUUGGUGAAGGAGUGGAAGGGACACAUGGGUGGUGGCGAGGGCGGUGGUGUGUUGGGAUUCGUGCAGGGUGAGACCGGGGAGAGGGUCGUUACUGCUGGCGAUGAUGGUGUUGUUCUUGUUUUUGAGGCUUAG